UUAAAAAAAAAAUACUAAACAAAACAAAAGUCGCAACUCGCGGAGCCCUAAUUUGCGAAACCCUAAUUCGCGUCUCUUCUCUCUCUGUUUCUUCCUCAAUCUUCGAUUCUCUCUGUUCUCUUCGUCUUCGAUUCAUCCCCGAGUAUCCACGCCACCGCUGCUCCUCCUCCGCCACUGUCUUCCGUUGGAGGGAGAGAUCUUUGUCUUCGGUCAGUUUUAAAGUCAAACAAAAUCAUCCAAUCGAUGGCGGUCCCGUAAAACGGAGGAAAGCUUCUCGGGGUCCUCCAAUUAUUUCACCCACGAACUGAGAAGAGAGCUAGAGAACUAGAGAGAGAGAUGGAGAUGGAGGGGAGGGCCGGGGCUUCGCUGCCGUUCGUGGGGAUGAUAAUGGUGGUUCUGGUUCAAGCGAGUAGCAUGGUGGUGGCGAAAAUGGCCAUGUCCGACGGGCUCAACAAGUACACCUUGGCCUUCUACUGUAAUGCCCUCUCCUCUCUCGUCCUCCUUCCUUGCCCCUUCAUCAUCUCUCGCAAGUCAAGGUCGCGCCCUCCUCUCACUUUCUCCGUGCUUCGCAAAAUCUUCUUGCUCGCUCUGGUCGGAUCCGCAUCGCAGAUAUGCGGGUAUGCCGGGAUUAGUAAUCACUGUGUACAAGGGUCCAACAGUUCUCCGCUCACCUUCGCUGCCUUCUUUUGUCCAUCCCCGUCACCUUGUCUCUCUUCUCUCACGACAAUUGAAUUGGGUUCUCGGUGGGUUUCUCCUCGCGAAACCAGAAUUUUUGGCAUCAAAAUCGGUUCCAUGGAUCCACCCGGGAACCGGAUCGGACCGGCGGUCCGGUUCCCGGGUGGAUCCAUGCAAUAAACGGGUGGAUC